AUGCGCACCCUGCCGGGAACUACAGGCUGGACCUGGGCCUGUGUGCGGACAGGGCCACGCUGCGCACCCUGCUGCGGCAGGCUGAUCAGCGAUACCCAGAGGCAAGCCACCGCCAUGUUUGACUCCAAGUCAGCAAGGCCCAGCAUAGAGAGGGACUCACGGGGCAAUUGGCUGGUGCCUUGCUCUGGGCUUUGCAACGUCACCUAUUCGCCGCCUCUGUCAGACGCCAGCCAUCGGCGCCUGAAAGAGGCAGAAGCGGAAAUGCACAAGGCGGAAGUAGAUGCACUCCAGGAGCUGCCGCCCCUGCCCCGGAAGACGCACGUGCGAAUUGGAUCUAGGUGCUCGCGGCUAGAGCUGGAUGUAGGGGAUUUGGAGAUCGCCAAGAGCAAGUCAAGGGGACCCAUGGACAAUGGCAUGGGCCACCACGGCUCCAUGGCCUUUCCCAUGGAAGGACUGCCAGCAAAGCUGCUGCCCUUAUUGGAAGAGAAGCCGCAGAUCCCUCCUGGCUUACCAGGCACACCAGAAGGUGACUGGCGGGAGGUGUCAGAGCUCAUCCAGGACUGUCGAAUCAAGGUGCCACCUGCUCGCUUUCAACUCAUUACGCAGGGUUUCAUGAUGAACAUCACGGAUGAGGAGCGCUUCCGCUUCGCGCGGGCUUUGGCCAAAGAGCUGUGGUGCACUGAGGAGCAGGUAAAGAUUUUGCUGAGCAGCCGAGCUGAGCUGGCGACGCAGCUGGUCAUGGUGCUGUUCCCCUGCAUUAGUAGUCGGAAGCAGCAACUUGCGCUGCUUCAGCAAAUUGAACCGCCUCAGAUACCCAAGGUGCGGGCUGCGAUCCAGAGCCUGCUCUGGUUUCAGGACACCAAUCCCACUGGCAGCUACAACCUGGACUUGUCCUCGCCUGCGGAUUAUGCGCUUGCAGAGGCUUGCUUGCUGGUCAACGCCUGGGAGUCUGAGUCGGCACGCAGCGCGGGGCGGCCGGACGUGUCUCAGUCAGGGAAUGGCGAGAUGAUCCGCAAUGAGGCGUACAACGACGUGCCCUUCGUGUACUCCAAGGACUGGAUGCUCCCCAGCCGGGGCUGGCUCCGCUUCGACUAUUCCUCGACACGGCGCCCGCCGCCGGAUGCCAGCAACAUGACGGAGGUCUCUGAGAUCACAAGGCUCUUGCGGAACAAGGAGCUGCCGAGCCAGUCCCGGCUGCAGGCGCUACGGGCAGCCUCGGUACACAUCUUCAUCUCCAGCAACCAGUGCCGAGCCCUGGUGCAGUGUUUUGCGGCUGCGCCAGAGUGCUCGUCGGCGGAUGCAGUGAGCGGCGGCUCCGACGAGUCGCCGGACCGCCAGGAGGCCUUCUGCAUCCUUCACACGCGCGUGGUGGACCGCGAGCGAAUGCUUGGCCCGGAAGUUGUGUACUCGCCGGUGGUGGUCACGCAGAUCGGCAUGUCCCAGCGUGGGGGUGCCGUGAUGGUUCGCGGGGGCAUGUUCAAGACCGGGGAUCUGGAGAUGAAGAGCACUGAGGCGCAAAUGCCCGCCAUGGUGGCGGCAGCCUUGCAAGGGGCGCAUGGCACUGCCAAGGGAGCCACGGGCCGGAGAGGUGGCCUGGCAGUGGAUCAGAAAUUUCAGAUUCCCGCAGACCCGAACUCGGCCUACUACAACUUCCUUAUCGUCUUUAAGGAGCAGGACGUGCUCGCCUUGUACCGCCGGUUGGGAGUCCUCCACCUGCUGAACCCCUACAAGCCCGAGGUGCUUCGAAUGCCGGUGGAUCUGAGCAUCUACGAGCAGCACCGAGUGGUCGACUUUCUGGUGCAGCUUGCUAGCGCUGAGACCGGCAGUCGCGUGCUUUGCUGGCUGGACGGCAUGCAGGUCGCGGUGCCUGCCUCCUGGGGCGACAAGGGCGUUCCCCGAACGCGCGCCUUUGUCACGGUCUCGUACGAGGGCCACAACAAUUUGUUCAUGGCGCGGCAGGCACUUGCUGAGCAGUUCUGCAUCGGCUUUCUCAAUCUGAAAUAG